AUGACAUUCUCGCUCACGACAAAAAUACUGCUCGUCAGCCUUGUCUGCCUCCUCUUCGCAGGGCGCGUGUCAGCCUUUGGUGCGGGCGAAGUGGCGGGAACUAGCUCCUUCAACGGUUACGUCUGGCGACAUGGCGACAUCGCAGAGGCACUGCGCUAUUUGCCUGCGAGCUUCGUUACUCACUAUCGAUUUACGGCCCUCGAACGACGACAAAUAUACUUUGGGAACUGGCUGAGGGACUUUUCGCAAAUCAUCGACACCACUGGCCUCGAGACCGUGCCCGAGCCCGUGUUAAGAGCCAUUGUCAGCAUUUUGGGUUUCAUGGAAUUUGGGUUUGCGACCGACGAAUUUGACGUCACGCGCGAGAGGCUCGGAUGCUACACACACGUCGAACACAUCGACAACCCGAAAGGAUACCCCGACAAUGCGAAAGACGUCGACGAGAGGCUCCGAGGGCCUGUCGACCCCAGAGAACUCGAGUUCGACCCCAAGACGGGCAUGAAAAAUUACAUCGCAAACUCGGGACACGGUUGGGAUACAUCAGCUGAUUACGUCACGCGCCAACUCCGUGAAUGCAUUCGGCUCGGCCGGGAUAAGAACCCCAAGUCGAAGAAGGAAGCCUUUAUACAUCUCGGCGCAGCACUACAUACUCUGGAAGAUUUCUCAGCGCAUAGCAACUUUACCGAACUGUGUCUGCAGGACCUGGGCGAGUCGGAUGUCUUUGCUUUCGUCGGUGAUGCGUGUCGCGUCCAGACACCGGGGUGGAGGGGACGAAUGGUACCGCCGAUUGUGACGGGAACAUUUGGCAUGCUUGACAUCUUCCACAGUCUUCUGGGCGAGGCUGAUGAUAUGGCUGUUCUUCAAUGCAAAGGUUCCUUGGAGAACCUGGAAAACGAGAUGAACAUAGGCGAGAUUGCGUUCCAGCAUUUAUACGACAUCCUCCGAGCUGCCAUCGAAGCCCUCAGCAAGCUUGCCUCCAACACUACAAUCCACGAUCCUAUCCUACAACAACUCGAAAGCGUCGGUGUGAUGUUCGAAAAAGCAGAAGAAUCCAAGAAGGCUAGCACAACAGCUGAAAGUACCCUCGACGCGAAUAAUCUCUGGCAGACCAUCGAGCCCAUUUUCUAUCUUCACGAUCGCAUCAAGAAAUGGAUCCAAGAGCGAACCGAGACACACGACGAUGAACCGCUGUCCGAGGAUUCAAGCUCGCAGCUGGGAAAAUAUACCGAUCAACUUGUGUUCAAGUACCUCAGUCUUAUGAUUGAGAGUUCCAUUAUGCAGUUGCGCAAUGCGCUCAAGGCAGCCAAGGAACGUGUCGACGCGGAAGCUGCGAAAUCUACCUCCGCAGAAGUCUACCUUGAUGGUGAGGGAUCGGAUCCAAGCCACUCGGAUAUUUCGAAAGAUCAUUUCAGCAACGUUCUCAAUCAGCCAGCCGGUCUUGUAUCAACAGUCACUACCAACUGGACGACCCAGCAGGUGGUGAAAUGCUGGGACGAUCCCUUCCGCGACGAAGAAGAAUCUAUCCGCCAGAUCCUAACCAUUAUGCAUCACCCUGCCUUCCCAGGUCGCCAUAAAACACCUAUCCAGAAGUACAUGUUCACUGCGGUCGAGGAAUGGUGGAAUCACAACACUGCUUCGGAAAAGGAGACAAUUCGGGGCAUGCUCACUAAGGAAAGCGUCCGCAACCGGCAACACGAAAACCACACCCUGACACUCAAAGACUUGGAAGGCAAGAGAAAGGGAGUCGCCGAGUUUCCGGGUUCCCGGCCCAAGAUCAAGCAGAAACCCGCCAAACCGUCGCCUUUAUCAUGGGCUGUAAGCACAGCGAAGACGGAUGCCAAAUGGAUGCUUGGUGCUCUGAAGAGAGGAGUAAGGGAUCCCGUCGGAGCAGUUUGCUUUGUAGGUGGUGGCGUGUAUAUGCUUUUCGUUCAGAUAUUUUUGAUCAUCACAGGCGUUUUUGGGCUUUGGAAGGCGAAAAAGGACUGA